CAAUCGCUGUAAUCAAAGCAGUCUCUGCUGUAUCUAGCAACUGACUGGGUGGGCCUGACUGACUACGUGACUGCUGCCAUCAGAGCACCCCAAUCAACACUGCGCUGCUACUUCUAUCAGAAUUUUUUUUACAGCCGCAUUCACAAGAAGACAGACAGGUUGAGACAUCGUUGUGAAAGUCUUUUCUUUUCUCUUGCAGAAGUCUUGCAGAAAUGGAUUCCAUAUACAUGGAAAUAGCUGCCCUCGGAAGAACUCUGUAUCCAGGCAUGUUAUAUGAUUGCCGGAGGGACUCCUUUAUUCCAGGUGUUACUUUAUGGGAUAAGAAUGCAUUGCGUGAUGACCUUGAUGUGCAUCAGAAGCCUAAAACCCAUCUGAAUUUUGCUGCCUCUGACAGUCUCAGUAACAAGGCAAACCUUCUAGAUAUAAAUGCUUCCCUUAAAGCCAGUUUCCUAUGUGGCUUGGUGGAAGUUGGAGGAUCGGCCAAGUACCUUCUAGAUACCAAAUCCUCAACACGUCAGUGCAGAGUUACUAUGCAGUACAGCCAGACAACAAAAUUUGAACAGCUCACUAUGAAGGAGCUUGGUAAUAUCACCUAUCCACAAGUAUUUGACCAGAAAACAGCCACGCAUGUAGUUACAGCUGUACUGUAUGGAGCUCAGGUUUUCAUGGUGUUUGAUUAUACCAGUGCAGAAAAUGAGAACAAACAGGAAAUUGAAGGAAACCUUCAUGCAAUGGUUAAAAAGAUCCCUACCAUAUCUAUUGAGGGGCAAGCAUCCCUAACUAUGAAUGAAAAUGAAAAAAAAAUGUCAGAAAAUAUUAGUGUCACAUUUUAUGGUGACAUUGAACUUAAUGAAAACCCCACCACAUACAAAGAAGCCCUGGAAGUGUACAAGAAAGUGCCUGCUCUGAUGAAGCAACAAGGUAAAGGUGUGCCUCUAACCGUGUGGCUGUAUCCUCUCAAUCUUUUGGAUGAUAAGGCUGCAAAGUUGGUGAGAGAAAUCAGUUUGAGCGUGAUGUAUAAAACAGAAACUGUGCUGGAAGAGAUCAAUGAAAUGGAGAGAGUAUGCAAUGAUUUGAUCAAAAGACAAAUAACAGAGGAUUUUCCUGACCUAAAAGACAGGUUGCUAAAAUUUCAGGCAUUACAUAAGAAUUAUACAAGUUCGUUCAAGAAUGCACUGUUCAGAGUGCUGCCAGCUAUUCGUGGUGGGACACAAGAGGGCAAGGCACUGGAGGACAUCCUGAAAAUCCAUUACACAUCACCCUUCAAUGCAAGCAACAUGAACAAAUGGUUAGAUGGCAUUACAUCUGAAUUAAAUAUAUUGAGCUCCUAUACCAGUGGACUGAAGGACCUCAUAGUAAAAUCAUCAGGGUCAUUCAACUCCAUCUGUUUUCAUCCUGAUGUUGAUGCGGUGGUAUGUUUGUCAUUUACUUCUCUAAAUGAUGAAGAUUCCUACCUAGCAGCUCUACAAGACAGUGAGAAUUCUGAAGGAUUUACAAUGUCGGGGCAAACAAGCAAGAGAGAUUUAAUUCUCCAAAAAGCACAGCCUUGGUUUACUUCUCCUGACAACUCUGCAAGGAUGAGGCAGAAUGUUUCUCUAUUUACAACCUUUUUAGAGGCCAAUAAAAAUGAGAAGAAAUUCAAAUUCAUCAUUGCAUCGAUACCUGACUCCAACAAUCCAGGAAUCUCCAUCCGGCUAUAUCAGAAUGGCAGUCUAACAGAUCCUAAGUUCCAGCCUGUGUCCAAACCUCCCAAACCUGUGGUGGAGACCGGUGAUGGGAAAGUCACCCUGAAGCUUUCAAAAUCCCCAACUGGAGAAACAGUACGCUUCAGAGUUGAGUACAGGAUGAGAUCUUCAACUGAUUCAGCAGAAGAUGUUGAGAAAUGGACAGUCAUAGACACUUCAGAUACACAAAACACCUUCACACUGACUGGACUACAGGCAACAGAACAAUACUGGGUUCGAUACAGAGCUGUUAGUAAUGUGGGAGUAAGUGAAGCCAGCGACUCUGUCCCCUUCACCUUUCGUGGGAAGCUCAUUGUGACAGUGGACCAAUGGAACUUCUCCACACCCAUGCUCAUUAAUAAACUAAGGACAAAAAUAUUGAACCGUCCUUCUGAUGGGCCACAUCCAGUCUGCAAACCUAACAAACCAUAUUUGGAAUCAAUCCCUGGAGGCUUAAGACCUGGUAUGGCUUUGUUCUUCCAAGGGCUUGUUCCAAAAGAUUUUACACGCUUUGAAAUAAAUUUGCAGACCACGCCAAAGUACCUUCAUGACAUUGCUCUUCACUUCAACCCCCGUGUGGACUGUGUGGCCCUUUACACCUGCAGGAAUGGGUCAUGGGAGCAUCCACAGUGGGCAUCAGGAAACCCAUUUGUCCAAGGAGCAGCUUUUGAUAUCAUCUUGGUUAUUAAACAAGAAUGCUAUGAGGUGAUGGUGAAUGGCCUGGAGUACUGCACGUUCCAGCACCGUAUCCCAGUGGACACAGUGACUACACUUCAUAUUAGGGGAGACGUCUUCAUGAACACCUUUACCAUUACUGAAAAAUUCUCCACACCCAUGCUCAUUAAUAAACUAAGGACUAAAAUAUUGAACAGUCCUUCUGAUGGGCCACAUCCAGUCUGCAAACCUAACAAAGCAUAUUUGGAAUCAAUCCCUGGAGGCUUAAGACCUGGUAUGGCUUUGUUCUUCCAAGGACUUGUUCCAAAAGAUUUUAAACGCUUUGAAAUAAAUUUGCAGACCACACCAAAGUACCUUCAUGACAUUGCUCUUCACUUCAACCCCCGGGUGGACUGUGUGGCCCUUUAUACCUGCAGGAAUGGGUCAUGGGAGCAUCCACAGUGGGCAUCAGGAAACCCAUUUGUCCAAGGAACAAUUUUUGAUAUCAUCUUGGUUAUUAAACAAGAAUGCUAUGAGGUGAUGGUGAAUGGCCUGGAGUACUGCACGUUCCAGCACCGUAUCCCAGUGGACACAGUGACUACACUUCAUAUUAGGGGAGACGUCUUCAUGGACACCAUUGCCAUUACUGAAGUGGAUGAUGUUAAUCUGAAAGUCAGCAUGAUCAGUCCUGCCAAUAUUUGAGGAUUCAAAUCUUCUCCAAUACCAAUGACAUUUAUUUUGUUAUAUUCUGGUCAAUUAUAUCAGAAUUAAAACUGUUUAUGGGUGUUUUUUGUCUUUUCAUUAACCCGUAAUGUUUUUUUUUUUUUACUGAUGAGCAUUCUUAUCAGAUUUUUGUUGCUUAUUAUCGUUAGAAAUGCAUACUAUAUAUUCUUUACUACAGUUUUAUUGUACGUUAAUUACAGUCAAUGAUACAGGUAAUUUGCAUUAUCUGUUCACUAGUUAAAAGUCUUGAAUGCACUCUGCAAAUCUCCAAAACCAAACAGGUUUCAGCACAUGACAUACUUACACCAAAUACAAAGCUGAAGUUGACACAGUAUUUUUAUUUGAUUUUCUUAUUUCAGCUCCUCCUUUACUGAUGCAAAUACAACAUUAGAAAGUGCUCAUUAAUCAUUUCUAAAAAAAAAAAUUAUCCAUUUGCAGAACUAAAUUGACUAAUUAAACCUCUUGCAUUAUUGUGUGUUUUGUGCUUUGUUGUUAUAACAAAUUGAGAAACUUUUAAUUUACUUCUUGAUUAAAUAGAUAGAAAUGUACUGGUUAAAAUCAAUAAAUAAAUAGUGAUAAAAAUUAAGGUUCUGUAUUGUCUGAACUUUUUUUGUGGCCAAAAUAAUGUCAUUAAUGUGUCUUCUCUCUUAAAGCUAUCAUAUUAUAUUAAGAUCAGAUAAACUGAAAGCUGAUCAUAAUCACAUGCUUAUACAUCAGCCAGAUCACUCAGGUGAAUUAUGUGCUAGAAGUUAUUUAUAGUAUACAUUUACUUUUAUGGCAUUUGGCAGAUGUCCUUACCCACAGGAGCUUAGAUUUAUCUCAUUUACACAAAUGAGUGGUUGAGGGUUAAGGACCUUGCUCAAGGGCCCAGUAGAGACAGUUGAGACAGAGCAGGGAUUUGUAAUCAAGACCCACUAAUCAGUUGUCUUGACCACUAAGCUACCGCUGCACUAGUCAGUAAAACACUCUUUUCAAAGUGCACCCCUUGGCUAAUGUGUAGCUCUGGUGUUCAUAAGCAAAAUGUCAUUUAGAAAAGUAUAACAUGGUUUAAAGAAGUAAUGAAUAAGAAAUAUGAAACAUAAACGCAGGUCACAUUACUAAAGGAAUGGUUCCUAGAAAUGUCUUCUGUACAAACUGGAUUAGACAUAAUCCAGGUUCUAUAAUUUAUGAUAUGAAAAAGGUAUGAAAAAAUUCCACUGCUUCAUAUAAUUAAUUUAUCAGCUUAAUUUCAUUCUUAUAGCAGAGCACUAUUACAUUUUCAAAUCUGAUUGGUCCCACAUGGCUAUAACAGCAGCUCUGACUAUAGUAGCAUCUGCAGAGCAAAGUAGAUGAAUAUAAUGAUUCACUCAUUCUAGUCCAUUACCAGGG